GGCGGCGGGCCGGGAGGUGUCGCCUGCCCGGGCAGAGGGCUUGGGGCCGGCGCUGCCUCGCUCCCGGCUGCGGAGGGCGCCGGCGCCGCCCUGCGGCCGCCUUCGCGCUGCGGCUGGUUCGUCCCCGCUCGGCACCCGUAGCCGCGGCGCGGGGCGCGCAGGCGCGGCGGCCGGGGCCGCGGCGGAGGUCGCGUCAAGAUGGCGGGGGUGCCGGUGGUGCGGAUCAGCAUCGAGUCGGCGUGUGAGAAGCAGGUGCAGGAGGUGGGGCUGGAUGGCAGCGAGACCUACCUCCAGCCGCUCUCCAUGUCCCAGAACCUGGCGCGCCUGGCGCAGCGCAUCGACUUCAGCCAGGGCUCCGGCUCCGAGGAGGACGAGCCGGGCUCGGCCGGCCGCGCCUGGGCCGAGCCGGGCGAGGCGGAGGAUGAGGAAGGGUUGGUAAAGUUUCAGCCAUCCCUCUGGCCUUGGGAUUCAGUGAGGAACAACUUAAGAAGCGCCUUGACUGAGAUGUGCGUGCUUUAUGAUGUUCUCAGCAUUGUCAAGGAUAAAAAGUUCAUGACUCUAGAUCCAGUUGUGCAGGAUCCCCCUCCUCCAAAGCAGAAUCCUCAGUUUUUACAGUUAAUAUCAAAAAAGAAGUCGUUAGCAGGAGCAGCCCAAAUCCUGUUGAAAGGAGCAGAAAGAUUAUCCAAAUCAGUUGCAGAAAACCAGGAAAAUAAACGACAAAGAGACUUCAACUCUGAACUGCUGAGGCUAAGACAACACUGGAAGCUGAGAAAAGUGGGAGACAAAAUUCUUGGUGACCUCAGCUACAGAAGUGCAGGUUCCCUUUUUCUUCAUCACGGCACUUUUGAGGUGAUAAAGAACACUGACAUUGACCUGGAUAAAAAGAUACCUGAGGACUACUGUCCUCUGGAUGUUCAAAUUCCAAGUGAUUUGGAGGGAUCAGCCUAUAUAAAGGUUUCUAUUCAGAAACAAGCUCCAGACAUUGGUGACCUUGGGACAGUUAAUCUCUUUAAAAGACCCAUGCCAAAAUCAAAACCAGGUUCUCCCCACUGGCAAACAAAAUUGGAGACUGCACAGAAUGUUCUCUUAUGCAAAGAAAUUUUUGCCCAGCUGUCACGAGAAGCUGUUCAAAUUAAAUCACAAAUUCCUCACAUUGUUGUGAAGAAUCAGAUCAUCUCCCAGCCUUUCCCAGGUUUGCAGUUGUCUAUUUCUUUGUGUCACUCUUCCAAUGACAAAAAAUCACAAAAAUCUGCUUCUGAAAAACAGAAUCCAGAGGAUCAUCUGUAUGUUCUGGAACAUAAUUUGCAUCAGCUUAUCAGAGAGUGUCACAAGCAAACUCUGAGCUCAACAGUGAUGCCACAUCCAGCUAGUGCACCUUUUGGCCAUAAGAGAAUGAGACUAGCAGGACCCCAGGCUUUUGAUAAAAAUGACAUCAGUUCUUUACAGUCCAACGAAGGACUUCUGGAAAAGAUAAUAAAGCAGGCAAAACAUAUCUUUUUGAGACGCAGAACUGCUCGAACUAUUGACAGUCUGGCCAGUCGUAUUGAGGAUCCUCAGAUUCAGGCUCAUUGGUCAAAUAUAAAUGAUGUUUAUGAAUCCAGUGUUAAAGUUCUAAUAACUUCUCAAGGAUAUGAGCAGAUAUGCAAAUCCAUUCAACUACAGCUGAAUAUCGGAGUCGAACAGAUCAGAGUAGUGCACAGAGAUGGAAGAGUUAUUACAUUGUCCCAUCAAGAGCAGGAACUGCAGGAUUUCCUUUUAUCUCAGAUGUCACAGCAUCAAGUACAUGCAGUUCAGCAGUUGGCAAAAGUUAUGGGAUGGCACGUGCUGAGUUUCAGUAAUCAUGUUGGUCUGGGGCCAGUGGAGAGCAUUGGCAAUGCAUCAGCAAUAACUGUAGCAUCACCGAAUGGAGACUAUGCCAUUUCAGUGCGUAAUGGUCCUGAAAGUGGCAGCAAAGUUAUGGUUCAGUUUCCACGGAGUCAAUGCAAGGACCUCCCCAAAGGUGAUGUACUGCAAGACAACAAGUGGAACCAUCUUCGGGGGCCAUUCAAGGAAGUGCAGUGGAAUAAAAUGGAAGGUCGCAACUUUGUAUAUAAAAUGGAACUCCUCAUGGCUGCCCUAACUCCAUGCUAAUAACCCAUCAGCUUCUCCUUGGGGGCUUUAAAUUGUCACUACUAUGUGAAGGAUAGCUGCCAGCGCAACAAAGGGAAACGCAGCUUAGAGGGCAAUACAAGAAAGAAAAAACAAAUUAAUUUCCUGUACAGCUAUGUCCAUUGUAAUGUUUAUAAUAAAAUGUUCUCAAUGACACAUAAAAUAUGGCUUUUUGAAAAAGUUCCUUUCAGUUAAAGUUUAAAAAUAAAAUGACAUUAAUUUACUGUUUCACACAGAGUUCAAACAGUAGCGAAACUGUAUCUUUGGAGAUUGCUCUGUGUCUGUCUAGAGUAACGUUAUAUCUGGGUAAUUCAUGUAGUUUUCUUCUAUCAAGUCAAAUUUUGUAGUUCUCUGCUGCAUGAAAGAUGUCUGCUCAGAGUGACCUCCUCCCCCCGCCCCCAAGUGUUUCUCCAUAGAUCUUUUCAGGCAUUUCUGAAAGAAGACUCUUAGAAUUGAGUUGUGCUAUUGAUAAGCUCUGGGUGGCUUGUCUUGCAGGGAAUGUCUAUCCUGGAAGAUAGUGGACUUGUCUGAUUUAGAAGUGGGAUAAAGGAGGAGAAACAGAGCACCUUUAUCAAAAGUUAAGGUUAAAGAAAACUUAAAUUCAGGCAGCAAGUCCUCGCUGUGUGUGACAUUCUUGAUUUGGGGUUCAUGUGCAUUGGUGUGGCCUCUGGGUCACCUACUCCAUUUCUUUUUUUGAGAGAAGUAUUUAAUUAAAGAUUUGAGUGUUACAAAAUCACAGCUUGUGGCAAGCUUCCUACCUUUGGUGGCCACAGAUGAGUCUGUGUGGUGUCAGCUACUUUGGUUGUGAUUUCUGUCUUUGUCUUUUGCAAGCACGUUAGAAGGAAGGGUCUUUCUCUGCUUAUGCAAUUCUCCUGACAGUUUGAAUUUGUGGAUAAUUUUUUUGUGAGAGUUCGUGACUGGGGAGAAGCUGGGAACUUACAUGCAGUACAGCUUGGAUUGCUACACUCAUGCUAUUCUUUUUUCUGCCCUGAUACUGGUUAUCAUCCAGGACAUCAUUUGAGUUCUUAAAAUAACAAGGAGGUCAUGUGACUUGUUUUUUGGUUGUAAUUGUAGCUGCCUUGUAGUUUCUAUUAAGGUGUUACACAAAGCUUUUCUUUUGUUUGACAAUUAAUUGCUAAAGGUUUUCUUGAAACCUGUCUGUAGAACUGGUUUAGAAUUAUGUUUGUAUUAUGUGUUUAUAAGGGGUGUGUGCAUAUAUAUGAGAACUUUUUACAUAUGGCAGAGCAGGUUUGAACUGAAUGGUCAUAUUUCUAUGGUACUAUGUUCUUGAGCAAUAAAGAAUAGCUACAGGAAAUAUGUAUAUUAAGCAGCUGCUUGUGGUAAGCUGCUGUUGUUCAGUGUGUAUUCAAAGCAGCUAUUGUGCUUACGGUAGUACUUGCCAGUAUGGAACACACGGUUAUUUCAGUUCCUUGAAGUACUUGCUUCUGCCUAACUGAACUAUGGGAGAGAAGAGAUGCUGCUUUCAACUUCUCAUAAACUGUCUUGGAUAACUCUUGAAAAUGACAAAAUACCAGUUGAAAAUAGUGUAUGUGUCUCUUUGUCUUCUCGAAAGAUGAGUGAAUUGUAUGCAACAUUUGUGAUGCUUGUUCCCAUAUUACAUGGCUAGUAGACACUGAAGGAUUGCAGGUACAAAGAGGAGUUUAUACUUACUGAACAGUGGGUGGAAAUUCAUCUGUUGUGCAUCUGACUAUAAUAGGCCUGUUUUGACUGGCAACACAACAAAUCUCUCACUCAAUUAGAAGAUAAGUAUAUAAAACCUUUGUCCCCUUCUGAAAAGAGCUAACGGAUCCAAGAGGAACACUUCUCUUGUGCUGCAGACAUUGCCCAAAGGAUUAGUAGUAAAGAGACUGCUCAAGAUUUUCAGGCUUGGAUGCAAAAGCAUUGUAAAAUAUGAUUAGAGACCUUGAAAGUCUGACUUUUAAAAGCGAGAAUUCCUGUGUGUUCAAUGCUAAUGGAAAACAGACUGAAUAUUAGACUCCUAAUUUAAGAGAGAGAGAAUCUUGAAAUUCUUGGUAAUAUGCCUUGAAAUGUAUGAAAUGGAGACAUUAAUGGAUGAUUAAGACCAUUAGAUUGAUUGCCAAGGCAAUCCUGUGAACUUGGACAUCUCUUUUAAUUAAAGCUUAAAUGCAAAAUGCCUAAAUUCCUUUGAUCACUUGAAAUGUUCUAAAUAUUAACUUUUGCUGCUGUUCUGCAUGGAGUUUAUGAUGGGAGUAAGAAUCAUUACUAAUUUCUAAACUUCAACCUUAACAGCUUGCUAUAGAAUUUCAGAUAUUUCGGAUGCUUCCCAUCUAACAGAAGAUUUAACUCCAGACUGCUUAGCCUUAUGUUUUUUUCUUUUUUAGUCAAAUAUUACUGACAUUAUUAAUGCAUAUUGAGAAAAAUCAAAUUCACAAAAUAUUUUAUAAGUGACCCUAUGUACAUAGAGUAAAGCAUGUUAAAUUUUGCAUAAAACUUGUAGACUGUGUCUGUAAGAAAAGUAGUACAAAAACUAACUGUACCCUGUGUCUUCACUGAA